AUGACUGAUAACAAGGCUUUCAGUGGAACACAGAUGGUUGUGGAGGACGCUCGUGCUAAUACGACUGCAGAAAUGGUAACCAGGGCCGAAUUCACAUAUUUUCUGAGAACUGUACCUUAUUUACCGGACGAAAUCAUUUCCCUUCAACGAAGCCUAUUUCCAGUGCCAAUGGAUAGCAUUCAACGGACGGCUGACCUGUCCAGACCACAUCAGAAUACUCUCGCCAACUAUCAUUCGAGCAGUGGCUUAAUGGAUCAUGGGUUUGCUAGUAUAUUCUACGGAUGA